AUGCUGCUGCUCGCCUCGAGCGGCCUCUUCUCGCCCGCGCACCGCUCGCCCGCGCACCGCUCCGCUCGACGAGCCCACCCGUCGCUCCUCGGGUCCGACGACCAGUUCCUCUACGGAGCCUUUGCGCUGCACGACUCGGUGAUGGAGGAACGGGUGGCGGAGGCCGAAGCUGUGGCGAGCGAGGCCACGCGGCAGCGCGAGGCGCUUCUUUCGGAGGUGGCCGAGCUGCGCUCGCGGCUGGACGCAGCGGAGCGGCGGAGCGCGGCGCUCGAGGAGACCCUCACUACCCAAUCUCGGCACGGCGCGGCGCUCGAGGUUGAGCUCGCCUCUGCGACACGCAGCCUGGAGGCGCAGCGCACGGCGAUCGCCGAAGCGAAUAUCGCCCUCGAGCAGCAGCGGGCGAGCGCGCUCCGCUCUCAGGUCGCCCUCGAGCAAGAGCGCGGCGCCGCUGACAAGGCGUCGGCGCAGCUUGCGGUGGAGCGAGCGGCUCUCGCACACUCGGCGGCCCAGCGCUCCCACCCGGACGUGGGGAUACCCGCCGAUCCCGCGGCCAGGGCCGAGGGCGCGCGGCUGGCAGAGGCGCGGGCGGCGGUCGAGCGAGAGGUGGAGGAGGCGGUGGCGCGGCGGCGGGCGGAGGAGCAGGAGAGGCGCGUCUGA